GGCGCGCGGAGGGGGAUCGCCGCCACCGCGGAGCCCUCGACUUGUAGGCCUUCCUCCCGGGAUUGGGUCCCAGGCCUCGGGCGCCGGGCGGCCGGACUCUUAUCUAGAAACACAGACCUGCAAAGUGAAUGAAUAAAUACUUCCAAGUGAGCCAGAGCCUGGUAUUAACUAUUCAAGCUCCAUACCCAUCAAGGCCCUGGCAAAAGUCUCAACUGUUUCUUUCUGGAAUAAUGAAUUCAUCAAUAUGGGCUUGGUCAUCAGCACAUUAUCUUCCAAGGUUUAUCACCUUCAAUACUUCUUUGUGGUUUUAUCUUACGUGAGAAGAAAGCAUGGAUCCUAAAGCCUUGGUGGAAGCCAUUGUAGAAGAAGUGGCCUGCCCCAUCUGCAUGACCUUCCUGAAGGAUCCCAUGAGCAUCGACUGUGGCCACACUUUCUGCCACAGCUGUCUCUCUGGCCUCUGGAAGGUCCCAGGAGAAUCCCAGAACUGGGGUUAUACCUGUCCUCUCUGUAGAGCUCCUGUGCAGCCAAAGAAUCUGAGGCCUAAUUGGCAGCUAGCCAAUGUUGUAGAAAAAGUCCGACAACUAGGGCCAUGUCCAGAAAUGGGACUAAAGAGUGAUGUGUGUGAGCUCCAUGGGGAACAACUAAAGAUGUUCUGCCAAGAGGAUGGCGCCAUGAUGUGUAAGAGUUGCAGCCAAUCCCCAGAGCAUGAGGCCCACUCUGUGCUGCCCAUGGAAGAUGUUGCUUGGGAGUAUAAGUGGAAACUCCAUGAGGCUCUGGAACAUCUAAGAAAAGAACAAGAAGAAGCCUGGAAGCUAGAAGUUAGUGAGAGGAAACGAACUGCCAACUGGAAGAUUCAAGUGGAAACUCGAAAGCAGAGUAUCAUAUGGGAGUUUGAGAAAUGCCAGCAAUUGCUAGAAAAAAACAACCUACCUGUUCAGUACAUAGAGGUGGAGGCAGUGGCAGCUCUGGCCAGCCUGGAGCUAGAGAAGGAGGAGACAGAACACAAACUGGAGUUGAAUCACUUGAAGCUCAUCCAGCAGAGCCAAACCCUGUGGAGGAUGAUUGUGGAGCUAGAAGAGAGAUCACAGAGGCCUGCCCGCUGGAUGCUUCAGGAUAUUCAUGAAGUCUUAAACAGGAGCAAGUCUUGGAGCCUUCAGCGGCCAGAACCAGUCUCUCUCGAGCUGAGGACCAAUUGCUGUGUGCUGGGGCUAAGAAAGAUCCUGAAGACCUAUGCAGCUGAUGUGCGCCUAGAUCCAGAUACAGCUUACUCCCGCCUCAUCGUGUCAGAGGAUAGAAAAUGUGUGCACUAUGGAGACAUUCAGCAGAAACUGCCGGAUAACCCUGAGAGAUUUUACCGUUACAAUAUUGUCCUGGGAAGUCAGUGCAUCUCCUCAGGCCGACACUACUGGGAGGUAGAGGUGGGAAACAGGUCUGAAUGGGGCCUGGGAGUGUGUAAGGAAAAUGUAGACCGGAAAGAGGUGGUCUAUUUGUCCCCUGACUAUGGAUUCUGGGUGAUAAGGCUGAGAAAGGGAACUGAGUACAGGGCAGGCACCAAUGAGUACCCACUCCUGUCCUUGCCAGUGCCUCCACGCCGGGUAGGAAUCUUCCUAGAUUAUGAGGCCCAUGAUAUCUCCUUCUACAAUGUGACUGACAAUUGCUCUCACAUUUUCACUUUCCCCCGCCAGCCCUUCUCUGGGCGCCUCCUGCCCUACUUUAGUCCUUGCUACAGCAUUGGUGCUAACAACACUGCUCCUCUCACCAUCUGCUCAUUGGAUGGGGAGGACUAGCAGUGCCACCAACCCAACCAGAGCUGGAAAUUUAGUCUAGCACAUAAGAACAGGAGGACCGGCCACUGACAUGUACCCGUGAACCAAGCUUAGAAUCCAGGGAUUUUUAUUUUUUUUUUCUGCCUGACCCCGAAGUUUCUUGUUACAAGGCCAAAAUCUGUGACUAAGCUACUCAUAGGAAAGCAAAGCCCCAGAGUUAGUUGGCAGAUGCUUUAAUUCAGGUUUGCUGGUGCAAGCGAACUAUACAGUUGACCCAGUCCUUUUUCCUGACUAGAGGAAUGCCAGGCAGCAAGAAAACAUGACUUGCGCAGAGCACCCACUACACCUCCCUGAGUAUAAGUGGGACAAAGCACUGUCCCUUAGGCUCUAAGGAGACCAGUGUUCCAGACCUGACUUUUUGCUAAUUGGUAUGAUCAGGAAGCUUGUGAGCCUUGGUUCUUGUUUUCACUCUAUGAAUAAGUAACACAAAAUGGCCUUAAUGAAGCAAAUUCUUUGUUACACAGCUCUGGAAGGUAAGGAUAUAAAAAAUAUUGUAAAAUGAUUUUCACAUUCAAAUCAAACACUAGUGACAAACUCCUCUGAUGUAUCUCACACAUAUCUACAUAUCACUUAUUACAUUUGCAUCUGAAGCACCUCAUAUGUUUGAGAAAAAUGGGUGCAAUUGCUCUUAAAAAGACAUAUUCUACUACCUCCCAGAGUUGUUUCAAAAAUCCAAGAUCCAUCUCACACCUUAGGUCUUUUCUCAAGGCUAGAGGAAGGAGAACCACCGAGUCUUCACGUGCAACCUAUCACGUAUAGCCAGCUCCUUCACUGCAGUAACCUGGUUCUUUCCAGCCUCUCCAGACAGCCUAGAGCCCUUAAGAUUAAAAAGAGUCCAUGCCAUUGGAAUAGAGUAGUAUACUGUGCAUUGGAAUAAUAAAUAUGCUUGUUUCUGAACUUGAAUGGGACGUGUGGCCUCAAGUCAGAAAGUAAGGAUAAUAAAAUAGGUAAAAACAAGCAAACAGGAAGAAAGGCUUCCCCACCACUUAGAUUGGCAAAAUUUUAGAUUUUUUUUCUUAUGCCACAAAGAAAACCUUUAUGGUUAUUGUAACUAUUUUCCUACCAAUAGGAAAGGGAGAUAUGGGCAGAAAUAACAGAAUUAGACACAGAAAAUCAGUUUGGAAGUCAUACUGUAAUGGGAGGAAAUUAAGAUUCAUAUUGGUCUAUUGACCUUAAAGUAAUGGCUGUGCAUGUCAGGGAUGAUUGUAUAAAAGUAAUUCACUGUUACUCGUAAGACUAUACUAUGGGAUUGAUUAAGACUAGAAACAAACACGAGAACUCAUGGCUGUCCCUAUUGCCAAGAUCAAACUGCAUGUCGCUCCAUGAUGACAUAUAACACAACCUCUGGUGCGAUUUAUUUUUGAAGGUAGUGAUUAUUAGGUUAGAGUUGAUCAACCAAAUAGAUUCUAGGUUAUUUAUACACAAAUGCAAAGUGCCUUCCAAUUGGCUGUAAUAAGGACGACUAAAAAUUGUCCCAGCCAGGCUCCAGUGGCUCACGCCUAUAAUCCUAGCUACUCAGAAUGCUGAGAUCUGAGGAUCACAGUUCAAA